CUCCCAUCAGCUGUUUUUGUUUUGCUGUGUGACUAUUGGAAGUUAAUAACAUAAUAAUAACACCCGGGUCGACCGGGGAAAGUGAGGCGGCCGGCCGGAGGGGCGUAAAUGUUAAUCCGUGCUCGGGUUCGGACUCGGGGUCGUGUGAUGUGCCCUGCGUGAAGCGGACCUUCCUCCUCCCGAAGUGUGAGCGUGGCGCUUGGGAGUCGGGGAGCAGCGGAGGGGAAGCGGGUUCCGGCGGGGAUCGACCCGAGCCCAGGGCCUCCCACCUCGGCCAGACGGAGAGCGGCGGGGAUUCGCCGGUCGGGAUGGAGUCCCAGGACGGCCCGGACGGCCCCGAGCCGCCCCGAGGCUUCAUCUGCGCCUCGUUCAACCAGGACACCACUUCUCUUUCGGUGGGCAUCAAGACAGGAUAUCGACUCUUCUCAGUCACGGCUGUGGACAAGCUCGACUGCAUCCAUGAAGGAGUGGAGUGCCCUGACGUCUACAUCGUGGAGCGGCUGUUCUCCAGCAGCCUGGUGGUGGUGGUCAGCCUGUCCAUGCCUCGGCGGAUGAACGUUUAUCACUUCAAGAAAGGGACGGAGAUCUGCAACUACAGCUACUCCAACAACAUCCUGUCCGUCAAGCUCAACAGGCAGAGGCUGGUCGUGUGUCUGGAGGAGUCCAUCUACAUUCACAACAUCAAAGACAUGAAACUGCUGAAGACUCUGCUGAACACACCCAGCAACCCCUCAGGCCUCUGUGCGCUCUCCAUCAACCACAGUAACUCCUACCUGGCCUACCCGGGCAGCGCCACCAUCGGGGAGAUCACCAUCUACGACGCCAACAACCUGAGCACGGUGACGCUGAUCCAGGCCCACGACAGCCCGCUGGCCGCCCUCACCUUCAACUCCUCCGGCACCAAACUGGCCAGCGCGUCGGAGAAGGGCACCGUGAUCCGAGUCUUCGGCGUUCCCGAGGGACAGAGGCUGUUUGAGUUCCGGCGAGGGAUGAAGAGAUACGUCAGCAUCAGCUCUCUGUCCUUCAGCGCCGACGCUCAGUUCCUGUGCGCCUCCAGCAACACGGAGACCGUUCAUAUCUUUAAGCUGGAGCAGCAGAGCCCCAGUGGGGAGGAGGAGUCUCCCACGUGGUCGGCGUACGUGGGGAAGAUGUUCACGGCGGCCAGCACCUACCUGCCCACGCAGGUGUCGGACAUGAUGCAUCAGGACAGAGCCUUCGCCACCGUGCGGCUCAACAUGUUCGGCCUGAGGAACAUCUGCGCCCUGGCCACGAUUCAGAAGCUCCCUCGCCUGCUCGUGGCUUCCUCAGACGGGAAUCUUUACAUCUAUAACGUGGAUCCGCAGGACGGAGGAGAGUGUGUUCUAGUCCAAAAACACAGGCUGUUCGACUCCAGCGAGGAGCAGGUGGGACAGAAGGAGGAGGACGGCGCCGAAGACGCCUCUCCGCCGCCGGCCAGUCAGUCCUACGCCGCCACCGUGGCUCUCCCUUCAACCCCGCCGUCCUCCACCACCCUCAUGGGGUACUCUGAGGACGGGGGCGCCCAGAGGGGAGAGGUCAUCCCGGAGCACGAGUUUGCAGAGAGUCCGGUUUGCCUGGACGAUGAGAAUGAGUUCCCUCCUGUUGGCAACUGACCAAAACCCUGAAACCCUGACCCCCCCCCGUCCAUCGCUGCACAGAGAGGAUGGACGGAAUGUCCCAGAUGUGUUGAGACAUUGUGCCCCUCCCCCCCACCCAUACGGCGAGAAUAUGACAUCCUGCUGUUUCUGUAUUCUGUGUCCCGUUCAGUUUUGUAAGAAAGAGGGAAAAAAAAAGAGGUCUAAUAAUCAUUUAGAGAAUCUAAGAUUCAAAAAC